GAUAUCGUUUUCUGGAAUUUGCAACGCAUUCAAAGAAUCGUAGAUUUUAAAUGCAUAGUUUAGCUUGGAAAUUGCUCAGUGUGGCUCUCACAGCCGUUGCAGAAGAAGAUGUCUGCGGAAAGAGAAUAUGUAAUGUAAUUAUGUUUUUGAUGAAAACCUGAGUAAUACCAAAAUGGCUACGUCAAUGGCUGAGCCAACGAAUGAUAUUGUUUAUCCGCCCACAGAAGAACACAUACCGAGGGAGUGUGAAAACUGCCUUAUUAUAUCCUACGACUUGGAAACGACGGGUUUGAGUUCGGAAGAUGAAAUUAUUCAGAUUGGGGCGCACACGAACAUUCCUGCCAGUCAGCGAACUUCAGACUUUAGCCAGUUCAUCUUGCCAGCUACAAGAUGUGUCGAGCCAGAAGCCGCUGAAAAGAUUGGUCUCCAAGUUCGUGAGGACGGUCUUUACGAUUCCAGGAAGAACACAAUUGUUCCAACAGUUUCAGAAUCGGAAGGUCUCAUUCUGUUUUUAAGUUGGCUAAGGUCUCUCCAGGAUGGUUAUGACGGCGUAAUUCUCGUUAGUCACGGGGCCAUCUUCCUUGACAUUCCCGUAUUGAUUCGAGCCCUCCAGCGCACCUCUAUGACACAGAUAUUCUUCCAGGUUGUAAAAGGAUUCUGCGAUUCCAACGCCAUCUUCCAGGAUGACAGAACCAGACGCUACAGCUCCUAUUCGCUGCAGUCUCUGUACCAGACUAUCGUUGGCACUCGCGAAGAGAUCCACAGAGCAGAUGAAGACGCCAGGGACCUGCAUACUCUCCUCCUUCGAUAUUUCAAUGUGGAGUCGCUGUCUUUAGCAAUCCCAGUGUUGAACUCAUGCACAUACACUUCCCGUUGCAUGGAACUUUAUUCGGCGUGGAAAACCUAUGAGGAUGGGAAAAUUGACGAUAUGAGGGCCAUCGUGGACUGGAAGAAACAAAGUGAGAAGAAAAAGAGGGUCAUACUGAAAAAUCUUAUAGCUGCAGGUUGCGACAUCCAAGGACUAUCAGAUGAGUACACCAGAUCUCCAUCGAAGCGUGCGUUUAAAAUGCAACUGAAAAGGAGAAUCCAGAGCAUGAAGGAUACCCACGAGAACUACUUGCUGGGCACAAGACUCGUCUGCGCGGGUGAGAUCGUCAGUACUGUGGCAUGCUUUGUGAGAAGAAGACAAGAGCGUUUGUGCUAAUAGUUCACGUCAUGCGCUUGUCUAACAUUGACACAUCAUUUAGACGAGAAAUGACGUGACACAGUCGUGGCCCUAAAUUCUUCGUCAUUGACUGUUUACAUUUCGUUCUGUUGUAACAAGCUGAUACACUGCAUGGAACACGCUUACAGGAACCUUCCUAACGUUCGGCCAGUAGCAGAUUAGCUCAUCAAGCGUCUACAUUCGCCUUCCAGAUAUUAUGAAAGAAGGAUGGUACUAAAGAAUAAGAAUGAAUUGAAUUCCUAAGUUGAUAAACUGUACAAUGAAAUUAAGCAUUAUAAUUUGCAAAAUUACCGACCACAUUUCUUCGCCAUCGCCAGAUGGCCAGUAAAACACGGUUUACAACAACUCGGCUCCGAUUUCUGUAAAGAAAUGUUCAUAAACCAUGAUAAUUUACGUUAUGGUCCCCUGGGCGUAGAUGGGAGGAUGGCCCUACACUGGGUCUUGAAAAAACAGAGAGGAAGAUGUUGACUGGAUUCAUCUGGCUCUGGGUAGCGGUCAGUAGUGGGCUACUGUGAACAUGUUAAUAAUCCUCGAUAAAGGUAAAGUUGUCCCUGUACUUAACUAAUUAAGCAUUA